AAACGAAGGAUGUUUCCAAAACAAGUAGUGCAAGUGCAUAAAGGAUAAUUUCGCGAAUUAAUAGCGUGAUCGUGGAAUGUGCGAUUCAGAUGGCAUUUAAUGAACUAUGUUUUCACGAGUGUCAGCAUAGGGUAUCUACUAUAAAAGUUGCGUAAACGAUAUGUCAGCCGAGACGGAGUUGACGAUGCAGACGGGGAUUUCUCCUGUUCUCUUGCCGGACCUGACAACGCUCAGCCUCAUCGGACACAGAUCUCAAGCGACUCAUCUCGCCGCUCAUCCCCCUCAUCAAAAUAUGCAGACCAAUCCGAAUGCGGGUGCAUCUGCGACCACCCUGGGCACGACCAGCACGACGGUCGCUCUGCCCGGCGCCGCCGCAACAACCGCCGCCGGUCCCGUGGCCGCCGUCUCGCCCCCCGCGGAGCCCCCCGUCUUCCAAUGCCCGCGCAGGCCGAACCUGGGCCGGGAAGGCCGACCCAUCGGUCUCAAGGCCAACCACUUCCAGAUCACCAUGCCCAGAGGGUUCGUCCACCACUAUGACGUCAACAUACAGCCCGACAAGUGCCCCAGAAAGGUAAACAGAGAGAUCAUCGAGACGAUGGUGAAAGCCUACGGGAAAAUAUUCGGCAGCCUAAAACCAGUCUUCGACGGCAGAAACAACCUCUACACCAGAGACCCGCUGCCCAUCGGCAACGCCAGAGAAGAGCUGGAAGUCACCCUGCCCGGCGAAGGCAAAGACAGACUGUUCCGCGUCACCAUCAAAUGGGUAGCCCAGGUGUCCCUCUACGGCCUGGAAGAAGCACUCGAGGGCAGGACGAGACAGAUACCGUACGAGGCCAUUUUGGCUUUGGACGUCGUCAUGCGGCAUUUGCCGUCCAUGAGCUAUACGCCGGUGGGUAGGAGCUUCUUCAGCAGCCCUGAGGGUUAUUAUCAUCCAUUGGGGGGCGGCAGGGAGGUGUGGUUCGGGUUCCAUCAGUCGGUGCGGCCCAGCCAGUGGAAGAUGAUGCUCAACAUUGACGUGUCGGCCACUGCAUUUUACAAAGCGCAACCUGUGAUUGAAUUUAUGUGCGAAGUACUUGACAUAAGGGACAUAAAUGAACAGCGGAAACCGUUAACAGACAGCCAGCGUGUCAAAUUCACGAAAGAGAUAAAGGGACUCAAAAUCGAAAUCACCCAUUGUGGGACGAUGAGGCGAAAAUACAGGGUGUGCAAUGUUACCAGGAGGCCAGCUCAGAUGCAAUCAUUCCCACUUCAGCUGGAAAACGGUCAGACCGUCGAAUGUACCGUGGCCAAGUACUUUUUGGACAAAUACAAAAUGAAAUUGCGUUAUCCCCACUUGCCCUGCCUUCAAGUAGGACAGGAACACAAGCACACUUAUUUACCACUCGAGGUCUGCAACAUUGUGGCCGGGCAGAGGUGCAUCAAAAAGUUGACAGAUAUGCAGACUUCGACCAUGAUAAAAGCGACGGCCAGGUCAGCGCCGGACAGAGAACGCGAAAUCAACAACCUAGUGCGCAGGGCGGACUUCAACAACGACGAGUACGUCCAAGAGUUCGGCCUGACCAUCAGCAAUAACAUGAUGGAGGUGCGAGGCAGAGUGCUGCCACCGCCCAAGUUGCAAUACGGGGGCAGGGUGGCAUCGCUCAGCGGACAGGUGGGCUGGCACAGCAAACAACAAGCGAUGCCGAAUCAGGGUGUUUGGGAUAUGCGAGGAAAACAAUUUUUUACCGGAGUCGAGAUUCGUGUGUGGGCUAUCGCAUGUUUUGCUCCGCAACGUACCGUAAGAGAAGACGCUCUUAGGAAUUUCACUCAGCAGCUUCAGAAGAUCUCCAAUGAUGCAGGUAUGCCAAUCAUAGGCCAACCUUGUUUCUGUAAAUACGCCACUGGUCCAGAUCAAGUUGAGCCGAUGUUUCGGUACCUGAAAACCACUUUCCAAUCGUUGCAGCUUGUCGUUGUUGUUUUACCAGGAAAAACACCUGUGUAUGCUGAGGUGAAGAGGGUUGGCGAUACUGUGCUAGGAAUGGCCACCCAAUGUGUUCAAGCUAAAAACGUCAAUAAGACAUCACCGCAAACACUGUCAAAUCUAUGCCUCAAAAUUAAUGUUAAGCUUGGUGGCAUCAACAGCAUUUUAGUCCCAUCGAUCAGACCAAAGAUAUUCAACGAACCCGUGAUCUUCCUCGGCGCCGACGUCACUCAUCCCCCUGCCGGCGACAACAAGAAACCUUCGAUAGCCGCCGUGGUGGGUUCGAUGGACGCUCACCCGUCCCGUUACGCCGCCACUGUUCGCGUCCAGCAGCACCGACAAGAGAUCAUACAGGAGCUCAGCUCGAUGGUCAGAGAAUUGCUGCUCAUGUUCUACAAAUCGACAGGUGGCUACAAACCACAUCGGAUAAUCCUGUACAGGGACGGCGUGUCCGAAGGCCAAUUCUUGCAGCUGCUCCAGCACGAACUGACCGCCAUUAGAGAGGCGUGCAUCAAGCUCGAGGCCGACUACAAGCCCGGCAUCACGUUCAUCGUGGUGCAGAAACGGCACCACACGAGGUUGUUCUGCUCCGACAAGAAGGAGCAGAGCGGCAAGAGCGGCAACAUACCGGCCGGGACUACGGUGGAUGUGGGCAUCACGCAUCCCACGGAGUUCGAUUUCUAUUUGUGCAGUCAUCAGGGUAUUCAGGGUACAUCUAGACCGUCCCACUACCACGUCCUCUGGGACGACUCCCAUCUGGAUUCGGACGAGCUGCAAUGUUUGACGUACCAGCUGUGCCACACGUACGUGCGUUGCACGCGGUCCGUCUCCAUCCCCGCCCCCGCCUACUAUGCCCAUCUGGUGGCGUUCCGGGCUAGGUACCACCUGGUGGAGAAGGAGCACGACAGCGGAGAAGGGUCCCAUCAAUCCGGUUCGUCAGAGGACCGAACGCCCGGCGCGAUGGCCAGGGCGAUAACGGUGCACGCCGACACGAAAAAAGUCAUGUAUUUCGCUUAAGAAAGAGACGACGAUGGCCAAAUCACGAGAGUACAAAAUGGUAUUUUGCGCUCUAAUUAGGAUAGGUAUAUUUUAGACCAAAUCGGGUGAGCUGUGGCCGGUUUUUGUUUUGAAGGAACCGUCGUUUGCCAGUCAUCUUUAUGUGUUAGCAAGGUACAAUUUUUUUUUUCGCCUAGACUAUGGUCUUGAAACCGUACAAUAUUCUUGUUUUAUACAGGGUGUAUCUGAAUAACACCGAAAAGAGUUGAGGGGUGAUUCUGUGAUUCUUGAAAAUAAACAAAAACACGAAACUUGGUAAAUAUUUUUGGUCAAUAAAGCUACACAUUUUGUAAUCUUCUCAACCCUGAAGUAUGCUUAGAAGGGGUUGAAAUGUUCAACCCCUGAGAUAUUUUGUCUUAUAACUGGUUUUUGGACAAAAAAGUUUCUU